CCCUAAACGGGCAAGAAGCAUCUGGGUCACUUGGCCAAAAGUCGAAGUCCUCCUGGGUACAAACGCUGACGGCGUUUAUCUUCUAGAACGUCAGAAGAAGGCGCUUGGCGUCAGUGCUGACCUCAACACCUCCAGCGGAACUGUCUGCAUCCGUUACUUCGAAAGAGGCCAGAAACUCGUAGUCGGUGGCCCAAAGAAGGGCGUGGACGGCCAAAUCCGCGCCAUCUGUAAUCUUCUCGGCAUCCAGUCCGAGCUCGUAACUCCUGAUCAGCAGUAUGCCGCUGGCUUCGCUGAGAGGUACAAAAACCAGGACGCUUCAUCUAGUAUCAAGCGACGUCGCGAAGACACCGACGGUGAGGCCUCUCUCGUCCCCGCCGGGCCCGGAGGCGGAGUUGUCAACGCUUUGCUUGCAGGGCAAGACGAUGAAGAAAAUGAGUGGGAAAAGUGGGACGCCGAUCAGGCCGACCUCGCUGAUGAAUUCCUCGACUCUGAUGACGCUGACGAAGGUGACGAGGAACACCGGGAUGAGGCUGACCUUGCCGAGAGUGAAGCUGGUGGCGACGAUCGCUUCGACGUUGCGUCAUUCAUUGGCAGCAUCAAAGGCGGCACUACCUCAAACACAGGCGUAGCCCCCAGACCCAGGGCACUUACUAGCGCCGUCCAUGAUCACGCGUAUGUCGCUGCUGCGGCGGGUGCUCCUCGUGAGGCUGGUGCGGACUUUGCUCUCACUGAUGACGAGGACGGAAAAGACUCAGCUCCGC